AUGUCCAUCUCACAGCAGGCUGCCAACAGGACGCUCAUUGCGUCCAUUUGUGACGAGGACUCCACUACUGGAUUGCUGCUGGCUGGUUGUGGGCAGGUGGAAGCAGAUGGAGAGUCGAAGAACUUUGCAAUCGUCGACAACAAGACCUCUCCCUCAGACAUCGAGGCCCACUUCACAACAUUCACUCAGGAGAGGAAGGACAUUGCCAUCCUACUUAUCAAUCAGCACAUCGCAGAGAAGAUCAGGCCGUUGGUGGAUAAGUACUCACAAGCGUUCCCCGCCCUGCUAGAGAUUCCCAGCAAGGAGCACCCGUAUGACCCAUCCAAGGACUCGGUACUGAAGCGUGUACAGAAGCUUUUCGGAGAAUAG